AUGGAGGUUACUUUUGUCAUUUCGCUUGUCCACGCAAGUCAACCCAGUGUUGAAAAGUUAAAGGAGGCUAGGUUGUCGGUAGAAUUGGAUUCUUCUAUCUUCUUGCUUUUCCGUGAUCCAGAGUUAUUUACUAUUGAAAUUCACCAUGGGGGGUAUUUUAAAAAGGGGAAGUAUGUGAGAGGUACUGCCCAAUGGGCAGACAACUGUAAUACAGAUCAGUUGUCUGUGCUAGACUUAUACGAUGUUGCUGAAUCACUAGGAUACAACUACAUAAAAGUCGAUUAUAGCUACAGGCCCACAACAUUAGGUUAUGUGGCAAUUCGAGGAGACUUGGAUGUGCUUGAGUUUGUGCAUGAGAUAUCUGCAUCAAGGGUUCACGAUUUGUACAUCACAGAAAAGCCAGAACCCACCUUGUUAGAGAAUGAAGCCUCUGCAACCGUAUUUAACUUUCAGAAUUUGCUUCAACCACAAUUGGUACAUGUAGAUGUACAAGAUGAUGCGAACAUUGCUGAUGAUGCGGAUGAUGAAACUAAAGAGAAAGAUGAGGAGCAGCAGGUAGAUGAGGAAGAAGACUUAACUGUUGAUGGAGAGGAUGAUGACGAAGAGCGCCUGCAGUUCAUAGAUAGUGACGACGAGAAAACAGAUGAAGAACAAGACAAACAAAAGCGAGCAGAAGAUAACAAGUGA